CGUGGCUCUGAUUAUCUCUCAGUUUUACUUGAGCUCGCGAAACGGUGCAGCUUCGCCAGUCAGGGAGCAGAAGGCAGACAUCACAUGGAGUGACAAGGGCACCAAAGACCAAUAACCACCCCAGACAGCCGUAAACGUACGUUUCAAGUGUUCAUGUUGAGAUUUGGGUUAUUCCCCAGCGAACAAAAUGUCUCAAAAAGUUCGCAAAAACGGAUCUCCGACGUCUAACUGCAGCGGAGUGGCCGCGGGAAGCCCGAGCGGAUCCCCGGGGAUCAGCGCCGCUGGAGUGAGUUCACUGGGUCGCCUGCUGCCCAUGAAAGCCACGGUUCCCUUCCAGCUGAAAACGCAGACACAGCACCCUCUACAGACACGGACAGUCCUCUCCACCGGUAACGGUAAAUGCCACAGCAGCGGAUCCCACAGUCGGAGCCCCACGCGAUCCCUUUCCUCCAGUGCCUCAAACGUUUCUGCAGCCACGUCCACUUCCUCUGCGACGUGUUCACAGUUCACCGCGGCCACAGCGGUUUCCUCCGCUCCCUCCUCCUCAUCUACAUCAUCAUCUUCAUCAUCAAGAACUAGCCCCAUUAUCGCCGUGCACGCGUCAAACCCUAGAGCGUCCCACGCGCAGGUACCUGUGGCAUCCUCGUCAACACCCUACACAGGUGUGCACGUGAGCCCCCAGUGCUGCUCUCCCUCCCAGCAGAUCAGCUGCAACUGGGACACUUUAGCCCUUACUUCUAAUUUAUCGUCAUCCCCAUCUCCCCCCUCGUCGCUGUGGUCCUGCGGUCUCAGGGCCAAACACCUCCAGACCCCUGAACAUGACAGGCUGUCUCCAGAGAGGCUCAGCCCCAGCUCACCUGUAUUCACAGACAAGCAUAGACUUCCUGUGGCAGGGUCUUGGUGUACCACCAGCAAUAACGGUAGCAUUCGUCGCACCUCCUCUUUGGACGCGCUCACAGCCCCUUACCUGUCUGGACACUGGCCCCGGGACGUCAUCCAUGCCCCUUGCGCCCCUUGCAUGAGGGACAAAUCCACCCAGACCCCCAGUGCCUGGGUCGAUGAAUGCGGAGAGAAGAAGAGGAGCUGUCACAAGCGCUCAGCCUCCUGCGGCAGCACUGACCAGCUAAAAGAGAUUGUGAAGCUGAGACAGCAGCUCCAGCGCAGUAAACACAGCAGCCGUCACCAUCGCGACAAGGACCGCAAAUCUCCCUUCAAUGGCAACCAUGCUGCUUUCAUCCAAUCACAGGCUCCUAUUCCAAAGAGUGUCCUGAUCUCUAUUCCCAUCUCCAAGUCUUCUGUCUCUCGUUUCCGGAACAGCGUGGAGGGGCUGAAUCAGGAGAUUGAGCGCAUCAUUAUCCGAGACACAGGAGACCGAGAGGAGCAGCUUAUUCCUCAGGAGGCUCCAGACGGGCAUCGGGCUCCUCUGCCCCUCUGCCAACGCAGUGCCAGCUCCCGCAGCAUCGACACGCAGACGCCCCUGGGCACCGCAGCGGGCAGUAACCACAGCAACAGCAGCAGCCGUUCUCAGUCCAUCUCACCCACGUUCCUAAACGUGCCAAGUGAGCCCUGCACCGAUAGUCCAUCUCCCCAUGAGGAUGAGACUCUGGCUGACGGCUGUGAGAAAGAUAUGGCCUCCAUCUCGCCGCUACCCAAAUACGCCUCAUCCCCGAAGCCAAACAACAGCUACAUGUUCAAACGCGAGCCACCCGAGGGCUGCGAGCGAAUCAAGGUCUUCACAGAGGAAACACAGGCCAGGCCUCCACGAGAGAUCCCACAGUUCCUGUGCCCAGAUAGGAACAAGGUCAACUUCAUCCCCAAGAGCGGUUCCGCGUUCUGCCUGGUCAGCAUUCCCAAACCACUGAUGCCCACACAGGAGCUCAACAACCUCAAGAACCAGAGCGCCGCCCGCCUCACUCCCGAACCCGAGCCGAGAGUAUCGCGGAGAACCUGCAUGCUUUCCCAGCAGCCCUCAGGCUCCUCCCCCUCCUCCUGUCUGUCAGAGAGUUAGACACGCCCCUCAUCGAGCGUCCUAGCAACUGCAUCCAAACACUCUGCACAUUUCAAUAAUCGAACGUGCUAAAAAAAAUCUGACUCUUGGAAAACAAAUUGUUUAUUAAUAAACGACGUCUUUCGUUGGGUGAAAAGAAGAUGAAACGGUUACCUUUUGCUAUGCACAUUUUUAGCUUUGUGCUUGUUCUCAAAGAACAAAGAGGCCAUUUUGGGGGUUUUGGGAUAAAUGUAUGUAGCUUUAUAUUAUUGCUCUACCUUUCAUAGAGCGAACCUGAGAAUGUGUCUCGAAUCACUAUGAAUAGUGGCUACAUAGAUUCGUUUUUGUGAGAUACAAUGUAUAUUUUAUAAUAGUUUGCAGUGGAUCGCGUUUGCGAGUAUCGUUUCUAUCGUACUAGGACCAGCACAUCAUUGAAUGCAAAUGAUGUCAUUUCAAGUGAGACCAAGAGACCUGGUUGGAUGAAUUCUGGGUUGAUGAAGGUCUCUUAAACUGAAUCGUUUUCAAAAUUGCAGGCCUUCUCCGUUCAGUCCAGACAAAAGCUGCUGGGGAACAGGAGGGACCGGUUCUCUGCCUUUUCUCCUCUACCUUUCUCAGACAGAAAGGUGUUAAAGAUAAGAAUAGCGAGGGUGAGAGGAAUCGCCGCGUUUGAUGGCUACAGGACGAGUGGCCUGUAAAUCUGAUUCUUUUGUUUGCAUAGCUGUAAAAUACAUUUCAUAUGCAUAUGGGUCCAAAACUCUGAACUUCAAACCCAGCAGGGAACAAAGUGAGAGGAGGGCACGACGGGAUCUGGGUGGACAGUGUUUUCUCACCUCUCACAAUCAUCAAGCCGGGGGGGGGAAGGACACAAUAAGAACAACAUCGAAUUGAAAAAAUGCAACACAUAAAAUGUCCAAGUAUUUACCAAUUCAGAACAUUCAUGUAAUGUUUCCUGUGAUAUCCAAUGAAAUAGUUUACAAAGUCAGAGCACAUUAUUGUCACCAGAUUGAUUUAUGCAAUUGCAUGCAUUCUUGGAAAUUUCAGUCAAGUGCGUGUGUGUAUCACUAGAUUCAAGCAAUUAAAAACAGCACAGAUUGUCUGUCCAUUUCUGUGUCUAAAUGAACUAAGCUGCUUACGUUGCUGUCAUUUUCAUCAUUGUUGAGUAUUUGUUCUGAUUUCCUGUGCUGUAGUUGGUUUUAAUCAUUAUUUUGUAAGAAAUCAAGUAGUGUCUGAUGAAAGAUUGCCGUUUUACGCAGCUCGUGCAAGUGCUUCUAUAGACUUGGCCAAAGAAGACAUUUCCUGUGGCUCAGUGAAGUCAUUGUAGAUAGAAAAGAUGGAAUUAUAAGGCGAUUUAGUUUGGUGUUUAGUUGUUCUUUAUACAAUGGAAGUCAAUGGUCACCAAAACUGUUCGGUUGCCAACGUUCUCAAAAUCCCUUCGUUAAUGUUCCACGGAAGAAAUAGUCAUACAGGUUUGAAAUGAGUGAACGCUGCGUCGGUCAUCAGUUACAGGAGUGAUUUGGGAUUUCCAGCUUAAAGCUCAGUUGCCAGGAUAACGCACAGGUCACGGAUUUUCCGGCUCGUGAUCAUCUCUCGCUCGUGUUCUAUGCGCUUGUGCUUUGUGUGCAGGGUGGGGUUCCUCACAGUUGUUUUGUUGGGAGGCAUUUUUAGCAGAGUUCCUGUUUUUUUCUUGUUCACUGUUGAAGGUAUUGUUUUGAGCUUUAAGCAAAAUACAGCAUAAACCUGGAAUAUUUUAGCACUUCUAUACCAGCAUUGUGAAUCAGUACUACAGGGCCUCCAUGUUUGAACUGAAAUAAGCUCACAGCCUGUGAUUACUAUCGUAGAUCAGUACUCAGGAAUGUAAAAGCAGCAAUCUCUUCUGGCAACGGCACAAGAAUCCUAGCGCCUCUUGCUCAAACACAAAUUGAUAAUGUUUUAUCGAGCGCUUUGUAUAUCUCCUUAGGAUAUGUAUUGAAGUAGAGAACUCUCUCGCUGUAGGGCCAAUAUUAAUAUACUUUUAUAUGAGUAGUGGCCUUGUUUAUAAUUCGAGCGGAAUAUCAGUCAGAUAUGAACUAUCCAUUCGUACCUUAACAUGGGGACAGUGAUGUGUGAUGGGAUACUGUGUUGUAUGCUGUCUGUCUCAGUGGAUGUUUGUGCGCAUACUGUACACCAUGUAGUCUCCUGUGUUGUUACAUCUAUGGGACUCAAUGGAAUAAAGUUGCACUCGCUCCAAA